AUGAUACCGUCUUCACUAGCAUUGUUGUUCCUUCUAUUGUUGCUGGCGAAAGAAACAAAAUGUUCAUUGCGACAUCAGAAGCUACAUGAAUUCCGAUCAAAACUUCAAGAGAAAAACUCCUUCAAUGAGAUUGCAUUACCUCCAACACCAUCUCCGGCACGUUCAAAUACCCAAAAGAGAAGUGGUAGAGUUCUCUAUCCUAUUGGAUAUGGAGCAGACCCAACGGGGGCGCAAGAUAGCGGCGAUGCCAUAGUCAAGUCUGUGGGUGAUGCUUUCAAAGUGCAAAAUAGCCUUGAAUUGUUGCCUGGAGUUCCUGAUUUGGGUGGUGUCAUCAUUGAUUUACAAGGUGGAAACUACAACAUCAGCAAUCCCAUUAGGUUCCCAGCUGGUGCAGGCAAUGUUUUGGUAACGCUCUUUCCCUCCUCUCUCCAAAAUAUUCAAACGAGGAAAAUACAUGUCAUUAUUGAAAUUUAUAUUACCAUUCCAGCAAUGCUAUAA